UGGAAAAGUUUGGUCCCGCUCAACUUUACUCUCCCUACAAUCACUGGUAUUACUAUUUUCUUCUUCUUCACCUGCUUCUUAGUUAAAACUUUCACUCAUCGUACGAACCAUCCACUGCAAUGUCUGUUGCCACCGUCACUUCCCCUUCCCCAGCUGUCGGAUCCUUUCUUCCACGAUCUCCACGACCGACUGGGCCUCGAUUCACUAUGGCCCUUCGAUCUGAUGCAGCUUCUGCUGCUCCCCUCCUGACCAAACUCCAACAAGAUUGUGCCACUCCUUUGCCUGUUCUUCAGCGCGUGGCCGACGCGAUGUCUCUUGCAAUGCGGACCGGCCUUGCUGCCGAUGGCGGCUCUGGCCUUCCCAUGAUACCCACCUACGUUGACAAUCUUCCCACUGGGAACGAGAAAGGAUUGUUUUAUGCUUUGGAUAUUGGUGGAACAAACUUCCGCGUGCUGAGAGUGCAAUUGGGUGGGAAAGAAGACCGAGUGAUUUCCACAGAAUUUGAUCAAGUACCCAUACCUCAGAAACUCAUGUAUGGGACCUCUGAGGAACUUUUCGACUUUAUUGCGUUGGUGUUGGCGAAAUUUGCGCAGAAAGAGGGUGAUAAGUUUCACAUCACACCGUGAAGAAAGAGGGAAAUUGGAUUCACCUUUUCAUUUCCUGUGAAGCAGACAUCCAUUAAUUCUGGCAUUUUAAUCAAGUGGACCAAGGGUUUUGCAGUAUCUGGAGCCGCAGGAAGAGACGUGGUUGCCUGUCUAAACGAGGCUAUGGAAAGGCAAGGACUAGACAUGCGAGUUUCUGCUUUGGUGAAUGAUGCUGUGGGAACAUUAGCUGGAGCAGAGUACUGGGAUAAUGACGUCACAGUUGCUGUCAUUUUGGGUACUGGAACCAAUGCUUGCUAUAUUGAACGGAUCAAUGCCAUUCCUAAGUUAGAGGGUUAUCACUCUCCCUCUGGCCGAAUGAUCAUCAGUACCGAGUGGGGGGCUUUCUCAAAUGGUCUCCCUUUAACUGAGUAUGAUAGAGAUAUGGAUGCUGCUAGCAUCAAUCCUGGCGAGCAGAUCUUUGAAAAGACAAUCUCAGGAAUGUAUCUAGGUGAAAUUGCAAGAAGAGUGCUAUUGAAAAUUGCUCAAGUGGGUGGUUUGUUUGGAAAUUCUGUGCCACAAAAGCUAUUCAAGCCUUUUAUAAUUGGGACCCCAAAUCUAUGUUCGAUGCAGCAAGACCGCUCCCAUGAUCUACAAGAUGUUGGAUCGAUCCUCUAUGACGUUGCAGGGAUUGAGGCCAAUUUAAAUGCAAGGAAGACCGUUGUCGAGGUUUGUGACACUAUUAUAAAGCGUGGUGGGCGCUUAGCUGGUGCGGGAAUUGUGGGGAUUCUGCAGAAAAUGGAACAGGAUUCCAAAGGCAUCGUCUUUGGGAAGAGAACGGUUGUGGCUGUGGAUGGGAGCUUAUACGGAAAUUAUCCUCAAUACGGAGCAUGCUUAAGAGACUCUGUCACGGAGCUUCUAGGAAAUGAAUACUCCAACAACGUGGUAAUAGAACAUUCCAAAGAUGGAUCUAGCACAGGGGCUGCUCUUUUGGCUGCUUCAAAUUCCAUUUACAAACAAGAUUCUUAGGAAGUGUAGUUCGCCCACGAUUUAUUGUCAACAUGGAGUAAUCAAUCACUGCAUUAUCUUAGAAACCUAGUUUAAUUUAACAUCUCGGAUAGAACUUUGCUUUUGUUUCUCCCA